AAGUAUAGCGUUCGCCAUUUACGUUUCCAUGUGCCAUAAUGACUGUCUGUUUUCCGAACAAAUAAAAUAAAAAAAAUAUUAAGACACGAGACAAGAUGGAAACUCCGAGAAGAGACGAAAAUCCACAUGACAUUUUUGCCCCUCACACUUUCCCCUGUUUACUCCACGCCGCUUCCUUGUUCCUUCAUAAACACAACACUUCCUUCUUACAUUCGGCAAUCAAACCAUGCAGCGCACGGCGGCGGCGACAGAGGAACCACGGCGGAGCUCCGGCGACGCGUCGGCGGCGGAGGGGGAGAAGGUGUUCAAGGGAAGUGAGGUGUUCGGUGAUACGUCACCAAAUUAUUUAAAGACGAUUUUGGCCCUGGCGCUGUGGCUCGGAACCAUUCAUUUCAACGCCGCGUUGGUGCUCUUCGCAAUCUUCUUCCUCUCUCUCCACAAAGCAUUCUUACUUUUCGGUUUGCUUUUCGUGCUGAUGGUGAUUCCUGUUGAUGAAAAGAGCAAAUUCGGUAGAAAAUUAUCCAGGUACAUAUGCAAGCACGUUUGCGCUUACUUUCCCAUCACGCUUCAUGUGGAGGAUAUGAAGGCUUUUCAUCCCAGUCGUGCUUAUGUUUUUGGUUAUGAACCACAUUCAGUUUUGCCAAUUGGAGUUGUUGCAUUAGCUGACAACACAUGUUUUAUGCCUCUUCCUAAAAUAAAAGUUCUUGCUAGCAGUGCGAUAUUUUACACACCAUUUUUGAGACACAUAUGGACAUGGUUGGGUCUAACGCCAGUGACAAAGAAAAGGUUUACCUCCCUGUUGGAUGCUGGCUAUAGUUGUAUCUUGAUACCUGGUGGAGUGCAAGAAGCAUUUCUCAUUGAGCAUGGUUCUGAGAUUGCCUUUCUUAAAUCAAGGAGAGGAUUUGUCCGCAUAGCAAUGGAGAAGGGAAAACCCCUGGUUCCAGUUUUCUGCUUUGGUCAGUCAAAUGUCUAUAAGUGGUGGAAACCAGGUGGGAAGUUAGUUCUGAAUUUUGCGAGGGCUGUCAAGUUCUCCCCAGUAUAUUUUUGGGGAAUUUUUGGAUCUCCGAUACCCUUUAAACAUCCAAUGCAUGUGGUAGUGGGUAGACCAAUUGAGCUCGAGAAAACUCCCGAGCCAACUCCUGAGGAGGUUGCCAAAAUACAUAGCCAGUUUGUUGAAGCACUUCAAGAUCUAUUUGAACGACACAAAGCUCGAGCUGGAUAUCCAAACCUUGAGUUGAGAAUUGUUUGAUAUGGUCAUAACUUCGACCCAUAUUUUCAUGGGGUUAAUUACACUUAUCUCCUCUCAGGUCAGGCUUUAUUUGGGAGUUUUGAAGAUGGAGUGGAGUGAUUAGUUCAUGAUAAUUGGAUUUGGAAUGGGGAGAGGUAAAACAAUGCUGUUGAUUGAUUGAGAAGGGAGUCAUCUCUGUUGUUUUAGAAGUCACGGGUAAUUAAUCAUGUAAACUGUGUUAGUUUAACUUCCUAUUGAGUCUGCACGAUUUAUAUCAGAAAUAGUUAUAAAUCUUAGAUUAAUUUAAAAUGUUACUUUAUGACAUAGGGUGUGUUUGGGACAACUGUAAAAGAUAGAUUAUUUCAAUAAUCGAUUAUAAUCAUCAUCAA